UCUGGUCAACAACCAGCGUCAUGUAAAGGGGGAGAUGGCAGUCACGUGGUUAUGUCAGCUUCCUGUUUACCGCCUGUUGUACCUUCAGACUCUAGUACACAGAUUGCAACACCACCCUGGACUGCUUGGGCUUUCAUCCGUACCAACAUAUGCAGCACUGAGACCCCGCUAUCACAGGCUCCAAUACUGCAUUACUUUAAUUCGUUUAUCACCAUGAUCGUGGUUACUAAGGAGACAUGAAGACGUGACAUUGAGGAAACGUGAGCAGGCCGGCAAGGAUCCGGGAGAUUUCCUGACUCCAGCUGACCGGAGUUCAGUUGCUGAGAGUCGGCCAUCACUUCAACAGAUGCCUGGAAACAGUGGUGAUGUGGAGGACUGCAAAGGUUGGAUGUUCUCUCAGAUGAGUAUUUCGAGGUUUUGAAGUUAGUGGAAAGGAAAGCUGAACUAGCCUGUGAGCUAGUCGUGCUAACUCCGGUCGCAGCAGCUGCCGUAGUGUGAGUGACUGGCUGUCAGGGUUGGCAGUGUUGUGUUCGGAGCGUGGAGCAGCUCGCCGGUGCCCUGAAUUCAGGAAGACUCCCCGGCUCUGGCCCCCUCAAGCGGGCAGUCAGGAAGAAGCUGGCUGGGAAGGGAUGGCCUGGUCGGUCUUCCCGUUCCAGAGGACAAGGCUCUGCGGUGUUUGAAGGAGGUCGAGUUCGGCUCGAGGCCACCACCGCGGGUCGAGGCGCUAUGAUGGCAGCCUCCCCCUCCGCGGCCGGCGGCUUCACGGCCACUGGUCUGUCGGUCAGAAAGAGCGAGGAGAUAGCAGAUUUGAUAGAUUUGUUUUCCAAGAUGCAAUACAGAGCAAAGGAGGUCACUCCUCGGGUAGAGGAGAUAGAGAAGCAUUGUUUGGAGUUAUUUGCCAGAGAUUACAAGUAUAGUAUCAUCCACAACGCCAAUGGAGAGGUGUGCGGCCAUUAUCCCCGGCAGAUUGUGUUCUUGGAGUAUGAAUGCACAGAUGUUGAGCGAGACAGGUUUGAAAGCACAGUGCAGAUCACAAAGCUGCAGGACCUGGUGAACCGGAGUAAGCUGGCUCGCUGCAGAGGGAGGUUCGUCUGUCCAGUCAUCCUCUACAAUGGCAAGCAUAUAUGCCGGUCGUCCACUCUGGCAGGAUGGGGGGAGCUGUACGGACGCACGGGCUACAACUACAUCUUCUCAGGGGGCGCUGAUGAUACGUGGACAGAGUCUGAGGAGGUUCUAGAGGAUGACAGCGCAGUCAGGAAUGGAGACUCCCAGCUCUUUGACAAGGUUCGAGGUCAUGACAUCAAGCUGCUGCGUUACCUCUCAGUUCGCUACAUCUGCGACCUGAUGGUGGAGAACAAGAAGGUUAAGUUUGGCCUAAAUGUAACUUCAUCUGAGAAGGCGGACAAGGCCCAACGCUAUGCAGACUUCACUUUACUCUCUGUGCCUUACCCAGGAUGUGAGUUUUUUAAGGACUACAAAGACAGAGACUACACAGCAGAGGGUUUGGUGUUCAACUGGAAUCAGGACUAUGUGGACGCUCCUUUGACAAUCCCUGUGUGCUUUACUCAGAACUUGAACAUUGACUGGACACAAUAUCAGUCUUGGGACCUGGUGGAGCAGACGCAGAACUACCUGAAACUGCUGCUGCACAUCAUCAACAGUGAUGAUGAGAGUGGCCUCCUGGUGCACUGCAUAUCAGGCUGGGACCGAACACCUCUGUUUGUGUCCCUCCUCAGGCUCUCUCUCUGGGCAGAUGGUGCGGUGCACGCCAGCCUGGAGCCAUCCCAGAUCCUGUAUCUGACCAUUGCUUACGACUGGUUCCUCUUUGGUCAUAUGCUGCCAGAUCGACUCUCUAAAGGGGAGGAGAUUUUCUUUUUUUGCUUCAAUUUUUUGAAGCACAUUGUCUCAGAGAAGUUCUCUGCUGUAAAGAAAGUGAGAAGGAAGAAUUCCCACUUCAAAGACAGUGAUUUCAAUGUGGAAGAAUUCUGCCAGUUAAAAUCAAGGGAUCGUGGCAGUGUGACCAGUUUGAGCAGCGAGUUCUCCCUUAUCACUGAGGAGGCAGGCGGUGCCUCCAGCCUCACCAACGAUACUGUGGACAUGUUCUACAGCCAACCCCAGGCCUCAAGCUGGAGAAAAGGUACCACCUCCUCUCCUCAGAUGGUUGUUUGGAAUAAACAGAACCCUCUGGAAGAGCACCUCUCCCAUCCACUUAACGAGGCCAGGUCUUCCAGCUCAUCCUCCUCCAACCAAUCAGAACACUGUGUCACACGCACUGGCAGCAGUCCAUUGGCUGUCCCUGGAAGAAGGUUAGCAGCAGACUACACCCGGUCAGGUUCCUCCCUCUCUACAGAGUACGGGAGUUGGCAGAUAGUUUCGGGCUGUGGCAGCAUCCAUGACCACGCUCACAUCCCACUACCUCUGGCUUCAGUCUCAACCUCGUCUGCUGUGGCUGCAGCCUACGACUCCCCGCUGCCCUUCAGUUUCCAGGAUGAAGGACCCAGUGGACGAAUGUGUCCAUUACUCUCUGAGCGCCAGGCUCGUCUGGAGGCGGUGCGGGAAGUCUUUCUUGCAGCCUACAGCUCCACUGUUGGCCUUAAGUCAUCAGCACCCAGCCCCUCUGGCGCCAUCUCUGGCCUCCUGGAGCAGUUUGCCCGUGGAGUAGGCCUCCGGGGUACCAACGCCAUCGUCUGAGCCCUCUUAAUGUGACUUCAGAUCCUCCUCCUGCUUCCAUCCAUACAUCCCCAGCUGAUUCUACAUGUUUCGACUCGGAACAAUAAAGUGCCAAACUUCUCUGUUCAGUUCAGGGGUGAAGCAUUCUAUUUUUUCAUGAAUUUCUUUUGAUGUUGUUUUCAAACCUUAUAAGCCAGGAUGUCAUUUUUUCUGUGCUUCCCUGGCUUUUCUUUGGACUUUUAAUCUUCCAUACUGAGUUCAUCUGUCACAUUCAGGGAAUGAAAUCUUUCAGCCACAGAAUCAAAAAGGGAUAAAUUAUAAGAUGCUGAGAACAUGGGAUGUGUACCUGUUUCAAACAGGAUAACAAGAAUUCUUCCUUUAUCUUUUCAUAACUUUUAAAAUCCCUAAAGCAGAAAAAGUUGUUUUAUUCAGGUGGAUUUUGAAGAUGAGAUAAAUACAGCACUUAAUGUGUUCUGACAGAAAUGGUACCAGGCAGUUUUUGGUUCCUAAUUCGGCACCGUUAAUUGAAAUCGGAAUAUCUUAGCUGUUGAAGAUAAUUGCUGAGGGGUCUAGACUUCAAGGAUGAUGCUGAAUUUUUAAAAGAUUUUGGCUGCAAUAAUAAUUCCCUCUGGCGGUCUAGUCCGCCUUCCUCCUUGUUGUAGACAAAAAAAUUGCAGUCCUAAUCUGAUGCUAAUAUUAAGCUUCAGCAGUUUGAGUAAGUGGAUAUGUUAUGUCCUGGUUCAGUUUCAGACUAAAAGUCUACGGGGACUGUUCUUCACAGUUUUGUGGAAAUCUUAAUUCAGAGGCUUAAGUGUCGAUCUUUUCACUUCGCCAGUCUAAUGUUUCAUAUCCUCCACUUAAGUCUAUAUUCAACCAUUUCUUCUUCGUCUUCAGUAGCACUGACAUGGUAGCACAAAGAGGCACUAAGCAUUGUGGUAGCAAAUGUGAACCGAAUGCCUUUUCAAUGUUCUUUCUCAUUGGACUCCAGUGGAGCAAUGUCCAUGUGAUGCCUGCCUGUGCUGAAUGUUCAGCCCAGCUGUUAUCCCACAACUGUUGUUGAGAAACAUGUGCACCUUCUUUCAGGUCACACUUUGACUUUUCUACCUGAGCGACUCUCAGCUGGAUUCACAUGUUCAAGUCAUCCUCUCCAGGGAAUGCAGUUUUUAUGUUAAGAUAGCUUCUCAGUGUUUGUCAGUUGCUGUACCUCAGGACCUUUUGUUGUGCCUUUUUUAACUUCAGUGACACUGGCUCAGAUCUCUACUUCCUCUGGUCCAGUUUAAGGUGUUUUUUUUUGUUUUUUUUUUAAAUAUUAUUUAAAUGGUUUGAAGAGCUUGGCUUGUUUUCGGUCAAAACUGUCAUCAACAAGCAGCUGCAGAGCAUUAGCAGCAUUAGUUUUGUGAAAAAGCUUUUGUAUUGCCUGUUCAUCAUUUGGUUGUAGGACUGUAAGAUUUUUUUUUCUUGGACAGUAACAUAUAGCUGUUGAGUCAUGCACACCCCUAAUUAGGUUGGUGAGAUGGGAUUUGAUCUAGUUGAACUCAUUGUCAUGUCUGGAGAGGAUUUGUAUUAAUUUAAGAAGUAACUCUAGGAUGAGUUUUGGGUAAAAUGAACCGGAAGGCGUUUAGCUUAGAUAUGCAUAAAGACUGAGGUGGAAGUGGCUAGUUUGACUAACUCAGAAACACAUCUCUGCUUAUUUUAUGUUGGUUUUUAGCUUGUUGAAGCAAGACACAAACAGAGACUGUUUUAUCUUUGGGUUGAACAAACAAGAUGUUGAGGCUCGCUGUUUCCCCUUGUUUUUGGUCUUUAUGCUCGGUUAGCUGACGUGAAAGUGGUAUUGAUAUUCAACUCUCAUUCUCAGAGAGAAGUCUGGCUGUUUUGCAGUCACCUGAGUAUCCCUUUAUCCUUGAUGCAGUAAGGAAUAUGUUUGAAUGCCUGUGUCAGUUCUCUGCCCGGACUGUCAAAGUGAUUGAAUUUCGUAUCCCUACACAAAAUGACAGUCCGUCCAGCUUUAUUUGAGACCUGACAGGGUCAUCAGGCCUUGUCAGGUCUCAAGCUUUGUUUUUAAGAUUCUUUUUUGAAGAGGAGAUUUCAUUUCAUAUUCAUAUGAUUUGUUGUUAUUUUGGUAUUUCUACUGUUGCUGUCUAGCAGCCAAUCACAGGGCACUUUCUAAAGCAUUAAUGUCAUUUCCAAAUGCCUGAAAAAUGUAUGUUACAAAAAAUGUCUCAUUCAGAGUUACUUCAGAUUCUCCCAAAUAACUUUCUCACUCAGUUUGUCACUUUUUCACUCACUGGUUUUGCAUGACAUCCUCCACAUUUAUCUCAUGUGCGGCAUAUGAUUUUAUUUGUUUUACAAAUUAAUUUUUAUUUGAGAAUCUUUUAUUGAAAUGCUGCAUUGCACUCAUCCAAUGAGUGUUCUUUGUACAGUUGAUGCAUUUUUAAGUAAUUCUUUUUGUUUUAUUCAUUGUUGGCAGGUGGCAGGCUACAAUGACAGCCGAACUGACCCGCAGGUAGCAAUUGUGAAUAAAUGAAAAGUCUGAACAAA